AUGGGCUCGCUUCUCAGUGGCAAAAUCAGCGGCUGUGAGGAGAUGAAAGAGCACUACGGGGUCGAGGAAGUGGUCUACAUGGAUCAGAUUGCGGAGUGGUUUAAAAGCCGCGCGCCCAGCAAAGUCUAUCUGCAGCGCGGGGUGAACUCCGACAGCGGCAACGAGGUCGCCCCCGCGAAGUUCGAGGGCCUUGAAGCCUACGAUGUGGACACCGCAGCGUUGCACGCAGUGGUCUACGAAUGCAGAGCCCGCAAGAACGCAGAAGAGAUCAGGUUACUCCGGUACGUGAACCGGAUUUCUUCGGAUGCGCAUAUGGCGAUGAUGCGCGAGGCGCAGCCCGGAAUUAUGGAGUAUCAGCUUGAAAGCACUUUUGCUUACGGCUGCCACUACAAUGGAGGUUGCCGGCUUCUCUCCUACACGCCCAUUGCCGGCUCAGGGCCCAACUCGGCCGUGCUCCACUACGGUCACGCUGGGGCCCCGAACGAUCGAAAGCUGGAGGACGGAGACAUGGUGCUGUGCGACAUGGGCUGCGAGUUCUUCUGCUACGCCUCCGACAUCACGAACUCUUUCCCUGCAAAGCCAGUUCGGGUUCUGAUGCGGUCACGCUAUGCGAACUGGUGCAUAUCCGCCUUGGCAUCGCGUGCAGUUGCGUGCAACUGGUGCUACCUUCGCACAUGCUUGGUGGACUUUGCUCCUGAUUUCUGUGCGAGUAGCUGCGGUUCGUUGCAAUUUCAGGCCGAUGUGGAUUGGCAGCGCUCGCAGGACAUGCUGGAGGUGGUUGUGAGGAUAUGGACCCAAAUUAAUCCUGAUUCGCAGGAGUACCAACAAGUGCAGACAUUGCUUCUGGAAGCCAUCGAACUGGGGCGGCAGAGUUGCGAAGCUGCAGCGCUCACCGCCCAGCUUCUCGUCAUGGGCUUUCAGCAGCCAGCAGCACUCGAGGUGCAGAAGCUCUUGCUUCUACCUCAGGGGGAGAAACCUGUUGCUCACAGUAGCAUAUCGUGGGCUUCGAACUGGUUUCUGUCACUGCCCGACCCUGCGAUACUGGCGCUGACUGGCUGGCAGGCCUUCUUUGCUGCCUUGGGGGCGUCCUUGGCCCAGGCCCCCUCUGAGCCUUGCGAUUGGUUGCGGAAGGAGAGCCGACAUUCGGAAGCCUUGGAUCUCUUGAGGCUCGCAGCCUCCAUGGAGCUUCAAACGGAAGCUCCGGGGCGGCCUCGCUGGCAGCAAGCCGUGGCUUUCCGAGUGCUCAAGGAUCGACUUCGCUCUGCCUUUGAGAUCUUGCGGAUGGAGCGACAGACCCUCGGCCACGAGUGCUUGAGCACUGUAGCAGGCAUUGUGGCGGAAGUGUCCUCCAGAGUUGCUUCCAAAUUCCGCGACGUGAGCUGGACAUCGACGCUGUCUCGAUGGCCGGAACUUCCGAGCCCGCCCAGGCAAGAACUUGGUCAGUCCUUGCGGGCUGCGGUUUGCGUUGCCGGACAACCUCGAGCCAUGUCUGGCGAACUUCUUGAGCCCAUGGCCCGGCAGCUGUUCAAAAGCCUCUGUCCUGUGGCAGCUGGGACUUCUGCUCCUUUGCUACUUCUUUUCUCGCUUGCGAGCCAGCCCCAUCUGGGUGUCGAAGCAGGGGCAGCCUCCCUCCAGUCGCAGCUUUCGAGAGUGCUGCAGUCCACAUCGUGUCCACAGCUCGGCCCUGUGCCGGCGGUCUUGCAGCGAGUUGACGUCGUGGACGAUGCCAGUUACGAGGAUGUCGCGGAAUUGGUCAAUGCUUAUUCAGAGGAGGCAUGGUGGCACGGUGAGGGUCAUGGCCGGUUGAAGUGGGCUCGGCAGUUACUCGGCAUAGACCGAUGUCACAUUGCCCUGCAAGAAGAAGAGGAGAUCGUUGGACAAGUGGACUGGGUAGUGUUUUUGCGACCCGACCUUCUGCACGUAGUUCCACUUCCAGACCUCAGUCAUUUUUGGAAAGGUCACGUUGUGGUGCUUCCGGAUGGGGGUCAGAAGCUGACUGCUCAAGCUGGAUACCUCGAGGGCCUGGAUCGUGCACUCAUCCUCUCCCGCAGUGUUGCGGAAGCCUUCUUCGUGCUUCCGCACCAGUCCUUGAGAAAUGCGAGUUUCCUAAAACGGCACCCGACCUGCCUUAGUUGCUCGGGCUGGCGAUCUCCAGGUGUGAAGCUCAGCCCAGAGAAGCACCUGGCGAAUGUACUUUGGCAGUGGGCAGAAGACCGCAGAAGCGAGUCAGAAUUGGAGCUGACGGUGGAUGAGAACUGGAUUCAACCGCUUGUGCUCUCAGAAACAGGAUGCAUCAACUUCCGACCUUGCGCCGAUCGGAGCUGUCUUCCAGCAGAGCCGCAGCAACAACAAGCUCCGACCCAUGGGCCGCGGCUGCCUCGCUGGGCUCGUGGCCUUGCCCUACGGCGCACUUGCUGGCCUUUGGAUGCAGAAUUUGAAGCGGGGGCAGAGGCUUGGGUGAAUGCGGCCCCACCUGAUACCGUAGAGGCUUUUUUGGAGAGUCCUGCAGCGAUCCUUGUUCCACACCUGCCUGAGCCAGAAAACUGA